AAGCACUUAUGUUCUUUGAUAGGCAAGCGUUAGAGCAAGAGCUUGAUCAUAACCCUUUCAGAGAGAUAUUUGAUAACGGCUUUGGGAAGGAACUUGAAGCGGAAGGUUAUAGCAAAGAAAUUUUUCCAGAAAUCAGUCAUGAGCCGAAAUCACAGGAGGAAGAAAAAUCAAAAGAAAGUCAAUCUAGCAAUCAGCCAACUCAAGACCAAGAGACCAAAAAGCUGAAAAGCAAACUGAGAUCUAGGAAGGCAAGAAAGAGGAAGAAGGAGUAUCUUGAAGAACUUGAAGCCAGAGUAAAGCACCUUGAAAAAGAGAACAUAAGGCUCUUUAACAUAGUAAAUCAGACAAAACCUAAGAUCGAGAGAGAACCAUACAUUGAAUCCAAGACAACUCUCACCGAUUUUGAUAAAGAAGUCAGGAAACUCUGGUCCAAUGUCAUUGACCUUGAAACCUUAGACAAGAAGGAAGCAGCAAUGUCUAUUGCUGAUAUCUGGGACAAUGAAUGUUGGAAACUACUUGAAAAGCACAAGUCUUUCAUUGAUUCAGUUAUAAAAAUGCUGAUCAAUAACAUUCAUGGGAAUUCAACUCCUCCAUAUUGGAAAGACCUGACUGAAGAAUACACCACUGACUACAAUAUAAUCAAGAAGCUCAAUAGUAGGACUAAGUAUCAGAUCCCUGAGUUCAUGGAGACCCACGAGUUGAAUGAGCUUGAUCUCUUCGUGGCUUCACUGAACCCAACAAAGAACCAAUUCAAUUUCCUGAAGAACGUGCUUCUCAAGAAAGAGUACGAAGUAAAGACUAAAUGCCAGGAAGCAAUAAAGAAACUACUAGAUGCCAAAACCCUCAUUCAAGAAUCUUAUGGUGAGCAAUUUCUCUGAGGAGGGCUUUUUCUGGCAAAAUCUGGAAUAUUCCAGGAUGAACAAGUUAUAAAUUCCAAACUCAAAGAGAGCAUUUUUAAAAGAGAAGACAACAUUGAACAAAUCUGGAAGAUAAAAUCUGAGCCGUAUACCCUUACCUACAAGUUAUCAAGGGACAAGAUUAUUGGGAGGGCAAUUAAGCAGCACUUCUCAAAAGAUAUGUACAACAUAGAUCUUGAAUUCAGCAAAUUUUAUAUUGAUGUUGCGCAACAUCAGGGAAAAGCAAUAGGGAUUGAAGGAUAAAGUUGUUGUAUCUAAUAAAUCAUAUAGCCUUAUUU